AUUAAUUGCCAAUUAAUUCAAUCUCAUUGUCACUCCUCUGCCACUCAUUAGUCAAACCAAUCAAUAGUCAAAAUGUCAGCACUUUAUCCAUCACUGGAGGACAUGAAAGUGGACCAAAUGAUGAGAGCUCAACAACAGCAGCCAUUUGUGGUGCCAUCGAUGCCGAUGGUGUCGAUGCCGUCGGCCCCGUAUCCCACACUUUACCCGUCAUCGCAACCGAUGCCAAGUGAUGCCAAAUUAGGUCCAAUAUAUCCGGAGCUUAACGAUUGGAUGGGACUUUCGCUCACAUCCCAAGAAGUGGCUGUCAUUCAGAACCAAUCAAACGCUGUCUCUAUUCCGCAAAGCAAUACGGUUUCGUUGGCCAACGCAUCGAUGGUCGCACCCGUUUCGGGCACUUCUGUCGGCCUAUUGAGAGCCAAUGUCACGCAUGGCAUCCGAGAAGUGCACGUUUGCAAAGACAAGGACUCCAAAGUUGGUCUGAGAGUCAAAGACAUAAACAAGGGCAUAUUCGUAGUGUUUGUUCAAAGCGGUUCUCCCGCAGCGAUGGUUGGCCUCAGAUUUGGCGAUCAGAUCCUGCAAUUGAACGGCGAAAAUGUGGCCGGAUUUUCGACCGACAAAAUUCACGACAUAAUCAAGAAGUCGGCCGUCAAUGGCAUACAUCUGGUGGUGAGAGACCGACCGUUUGAACGAGUGAUCACUCUUCAUAAGGACAGUGUCGGUCACGUGGGCUUCACAUUCAAAAACGGAAAGAUCAACGCUAUAGUGAAGGACUCGUCGGCCGCACGCAAUGGUUUGCUUACAGAGCAUAACUUCUUGGAGAUCAAUGGCCAGAAUGUGGUCGGAGUCGAUGACAAGUCAGUUCGUAGUCUCAUGGAAUCGGGUGGAAAUGUGAUCACUCUUACAAUUAUGCCAUCGUUUAUCUUCGACCAUAUGAUGAAACAAAUGGCCACCAGUUUAGUGAAGAGACUUAUGGAUCACUCGGUACCAGAUGUGUGAUCACGGAAUUACUUUGGAUUUGGUCUUUGAUUUUUACAUAUAUUUAUAACGAUUUGAUAUUUAAUAAUCAAUAUUUAAUUACGCGAAUGGAUUCGCAUUUUAAUUGAUGGCUAUUCUUAUUAUAUGUUUAAUUAUUUGUUUGUAUUUAUAAUUUUAUUGCAAAAAUGUAUUAC